UUCUUUUCUACUCUACAAUCAGGUGAGGUUUGUUCCUUUUUAGGAACUGUGCUUGUUUCUCACACUCCGGAGCUGGUCAGUGAAGCCCUGGGUGGUAAAGGGAGAACCCAGAGGACCAAAUCCUGCUGGGUGAGGGCAGGGAGGCGCGUCCUCAGUUCUGGAUUCCACUUUCACCUCCUGUGGGAUUGAGCAUAACUGGGGAGGCAGAGAGCUGUGUGAGCUGGACACUCUUCCUCCAGGCACUGCUCCCAGGCCGUGGUCAGUGGGCCCGGGUGGGGAGCGAGGGAAUGCCAGGUACUCACAAGCAAAUACAUAGUAAUUUCUGGAAAAACUGCAAAAAAAAAAAAAAAGGUUUUUGUGGGUCCUGGUACCCCUACCCCCCACCUCACAAAGGUCCUAUGACUCCCCACCUUGCUAUUGUUAACAGCCCUGCAGAGCUGCUGGUCACAAAGUCUCCACGUCAGUCUUCACGGCUAUAAUAACCGGCUCCCGGGGCGUGAGGGGCGGCAAACAGGCAGCCGGCGACGGGUUCCCAGAGCCAGCAGCGUCUCCUGUUUGUGCGUGAGGGUCAGGUGUGGGGCGAGCAGCGAGCGGGUCUAGGUCAAAGGCGCAGGGGCGGCGGCCCGUUGGCACCGGCGGAGGCAGCGCCUGGACGUGGCCGUGGUGGCCGCAUGAGCCCAGCCCCGGGCUCCAAUUGCGCGGUUGCCAGGGAGGAAAGCGAGAUGAGGAGCCGCGCCCCCUGGGCGCCCUUCUGGGUGCUGCUGCUGCUUCUCCUGCAGCCGCAAAUACCUGGCGCGGGGGGUAGACCCCUCCAUGUUCGGGGCGGGAGGAGCAUCUGGGACCAGAACUCAGAGAAUUCACAGCAGUGCAAGCCGUCCUACCACCUCUACUUCGUCGUGGGAAAGUCCAGCCAGAUGAGAUACAAUUGGCGGGACAGUGUUGGUUUUGUGAAAAACCUGAUCGAGAAAGUGAAGAACCCGGAUCUCAUGAUGUCCAUCAUAACUGUCUCCAAAAGGGUCAACGUCCUCAUGCUGCCCACAGCAGAUGAAGAAACUAUUAAGUCAGCUACUCAGGAACUUCAGUAUGAAGUUGCUGAUGGGCAGCUAAACGUGGAUGAAGGGAUUAAAAAGGCAAAUGAGAUGAUCAUGAGAAGCAACUCUGGAGCUAAGAAGGUUUUCAGCGUAAUGAUCGUUUUGAUUGGGUCACCUAUCCCUGAGGCGAAGUAUCAGCUGGCUCUGGAGGAAGCUAAAAAUGCUCGGAAGAUGGGGACAGUUAUGUUUGGUGUGGGUAUUAAUCAAUAUCAGAAAUUUCAGCUUGACAAAAUCGUUGACAGCAGUGAGCACAUUUUUGGGCAGCAAGGGACUGCGAGAAAUCUGCCAAGCUACAUUCCCAAGCUCCUGGAGAAGCUGUGCAUUAGGCUGGACUCUCUGGAGCCUUCCAGUGUAUGUAUGGGAGAAAGUCCUGAUGUGAGAGUUCACGGAAAUGGCUUUUUGACUGCAGUAACAACGGAGAGUGUUAUCUGCAAAUUUAAGUUCAGCAGAACCAACAUCGAUGGUAAGUACCCACCUCGAAGCCUCUGAGUCUCAAAUGGUCCCACACAAGGCCACAUUUCUGCUGAGACAACCGAGUCUUCCCAGCCCUGGCUGACCACUCGCUGUAGAUGUGGUGGGGUUGGAGGCAGCGUGGGCUAGUGGGAUACAGACCAGGCCAGGGGGACUGACCGCCUUUCACCUCAUCUGUAAAGUGGGGAGUCUUUAAUCCCCAGUGCACUGGAGCA